GAAAAUAAGAAAUAAUGAGUGAUCUAGUGCUUUAUCAUCUUGUUUUUUUUUGCUCUAAUUUGCUACAAUAAUACAAGAUAGUGUAGCAGCUAGUUUAUAGACCCCGUCAUUCACGUAAUAAAUCCUCUUCUUAUUAAUACUCCUUGACGAUGAAUGGAACUUCUCCCGCUGUUCUAGGCGAAGAUAAAAAAGAAAAAUCUCCCGUUUCCACCCCUGGUACACAUACAAAUAUGGUUAAAGUUGAAACCUCUCCUGUUUCCAUCCCAGCUUCUGUAAGUGAGGAAUUAAUCCCAGGCAAACGGCGACGUGUUCCGCCCAAGAAGCUGUAUGAGGAAAUAAAUCGUACCAACGAAAAGAAAAGGGUAUGCAGGAAGAGGAUUGGAAAAUGUCAACGUUGUGGAGUUUCAUGGGAGAGUUUAAAUCAUAAAAGGUCCCAUCUGAGAAACAAGGCUAAAUGUAAAAUACUGGAUUACAUCUGUAUAUGUUCUCACUGCAAUGGAAAGUUCCGAGAUGAAAAAG